AAUAAUUACUUCUGAAUAAAAAACCUUCAAAAAAAUUUAAAUAAUUCUAAAAAUAUGGUUGGUGUAUUAAAAAGUGACAUAGAUAAGGUUACGACUGCAUUUUCCACUUUGUUAUCUGCUGAAAACUCACAAUCUGAAGAAUUAGAUUCAACAAAUUAUAUUAAUAUUAAACACAGUCCAAUUGUAAAUAAACCUGUUCUAGGUGAUGUUUGGAAUGUAUAUAUUUCAAAUAUAAAUUCAUUAAAAUAUUUUCAUGUACAGAAUAUUGAAAAUUUUGAAUAUAUUCAAUCAAUCAGUUCAGAAUUAGAUAAAUAUGAAUCAACAUCAAAGAAGCUUCCAAAAGUUGGAAAUUUAAUUGCUGCUCGUGAUUACAAUGGCUUUUGGUAUAGAGCUAGAGUUCAAAGCAUAACUGAAUUGGGAUUUUAUGUGUGUUAUAUUGAUUUUGGGGUAUCUAAUGUAUUAGUUACAGAUUUUAAAACUCUACCAAAAAAACUUAUCAGUGUUAAACCAAUGGCUUACUGUUGUUAUUUUAAGAAUGUAUCAAAAGAAGAUGAAAACAAAUUAUCAGUUCUAGAUUUAUUUGAUUCAAUUUAUAAAUUCUACAGUUCUCAUCAAAUAACUGCUACUUUUUUAAGCAAUAAUGAUCCAUAUUUAGUUGAAUUAUCAUGUAAUGGAAAUAAUGUUCUUGAUAUUUUAUACAAUUUAGUUUGGAAUGGUAUUGUUCCUAGCAUAUCUGAUGAUCCAAUAAAUCUUGAAAAAUUUAAACUGUUAAACGAAAUAUUUCCGAAUUCUAGAAAAGCGGUUGUCUGCAUUGAACCUGUGUUCUCCAUAAAUCAUUUUUAUGUUGAAACUGAAUCAAGUUAUAAAAUUGGCGAAGAUAUUAGAACUGAAAUUGAAAAUCAGACAAAGUGGAUUCCUGUAUUGUAUCCUGAAGAGGGUCAAAUAGUAAUCGCAAAAAAUACCGUUGAUUUAAAAUUAUACCGAGCAAGGGUUAUAAUGAAAUAUGAUAAUUGUGAAGAGUAUAAAUGUUUCUUAAUUGAUUGUAUGACAUUUGAAAACUGUUCUGAAAUUUUUGAACCCAGUGAUUAUCUACGAAUAGCACCUCCAGUUAAGAUACACUGUUCUUUAGAUAUGCCAAAAAAAUAUAGUGGUGAUAUGCUUGAAAGCAUAAAUCUUGCUUUUAUUAAUGAAAUAGCUGAAUGCAUUGAUGAGUCAAAAGUCAUCCACAUAAAAAUAAUUGGCGAUCCAUGUGUAAUAGAUUUGGAGAUUGGUGAUGUAGAUAUCUAUCAAAUUAUUAGACCAUGUGAUGUGAGAGUGAUCAAUGCUUUGAAUUUUAACUCUUUAAAAGUCCGAUUGAGUUCACCUGGAGAACAUAAAAUUUUAAAUGUUUUGCAGUCUACUAAAAAAUUUCGGACUGUUUCCAAUCCAGAAGUUUUCAAACUAUAUGUGGCUAAAAUUAAAACAAAAUACAAAAGAGUAAAAUAUAUGGGUGAACAUAAAUUAAGCUUUAAAGUAAAACUUGUAGACGAAGUAUGUAUACAUCAGAAGAUAAUAGUUGAUGAACUAUAUGAACUUCCUAAAACAAUAAUAAAUGUGAAAACCAUAGAUUUGUUUUGUUCUCUUGGAUUAAAUACAAUUUCUUAUUCUAAUGAAUUGUUUGUUGACAUAUGUAAUAAUAGCAAAACAAAAUUUAAAAUGGUUGUCAUUAAAAAUAACCAUUUUAAGUUUCAUACUGUUAAACUUUUUUUAGGAUCCAAAGAUAUAACAUCAAUGAUUUGUAACCAACCCUUAUGAUUUUUAUUUGUAAAG